AACUAAUAAAUUUUCAACGACAAAACGUCACCCAACCACUUUAGCAAGACAGCUAUUUCAAAAGUGUGACGCGCUGUGGAAAUGCGAUUUGUUUUAUUAUCGUAACAACAUUAUUCAAUUUACUUAUCAAAGAUUAUCCGUACAGUAUUCGCGACUGUUGAUUGACAUAAGUGAAAGCAUUAUUCUUGCAAUGCGAAGAUUCAGGAAGGCGUUUGAUUAAUGCAGAAGGCGAACCCUGAUAUCUCGAUUAAUAUAAACGAUUAUGAGGAUGGGAUAUAUAUAUAUAUAUUGUGAUAGUGGUGCGAUAGCUUUUGUGUGACAUAUAGACGACACCCUCGCUUAGUUAAACAUGAGAUUCAAUGAUAGGGAGCUCGCAGAGGCGAGUUUUGGGCCCGCUGAUCUCGAAGGACGUCUAAAUCAUAAGCGGGCUCAUAAGUCAGUGUUUAAAGAAAAAUGGUUCAAGUUGCGGUACAAUCUGCUAUUUUACUUCAAUAUUAAUGAUUUAGGACAAAUUGAUAGGAGACAACCUGCUGGUGUCAUUAUUCUAGAAAAUUGCAGCAUUAACAUAGAUACUUCAUCAGAAGGAGUAUUUGCAUUUAGUAUUUCAUUUCGUGAUGAACAUGAAAAACGGCAUGUAUUAAGUGGUCGAUCAGAGUCUCAAGUGGAACAAUGGAUUAACGCACUUAAACAAGCAAGCUAUGAAUAUUGGCGAUCUCGCUUGAUUGUGCUUCAAGAAAGAUUGUGCAAGAAAACUGGUAAAGAUCCCUUGUUAAUGUAUCCUAGGAAUCAAGGUGUUGUACGAGAUGAAGCUUGGGAACCUGCUUCUAGCUUCAGAUCUCAUGUACGUUCAUUUGCAACAUCAGUUGGAUCAUCAUCCACAUUGAAUACAAUAGCCAGGGAAGUUAAUCUUAUAGAACUUUAAUACAGGAUAAUAAUUGUAACUAGACUUGUUGAAUUAAUUUAAUGGUAGUUUUUGAAAUUUUUAUUUUAGAUAUUGAAAGAUCUGCAUAAUAUAAUGAACGAAAUAGUUACAUACAGUUUUUUAUUUAUAAUAUUGUCACUGCCAUUUAGGCAAAUUUUGAGAUGUAGUUUCAUCAAAUAUAUAAAU